GUUGUGCUGUGGUUUUCACACCGCCAUGUAAUCAGUCAGGUAAUUUAUGAGUUGAUCUGAAAGAACAUUCAUAUACGAUUGUAUUCAAAUUAAAAUGAAAACUUAAACUGUGUCAACUGUCCUGAAAUUCUCACCAAAUCCCGACUCAUGGUUAGAAAAUGAUGACAGUUAACAAAUAGUAAUGACAGCACUGUGGGAGACUGGGAGUGUGAUGACAGGUACAGUCAUCACGUGCCCGGGGAGGUUAGGAUCCAUCCAGCAGGUUGAACACCAACGGGACAGACGGGAGAACAGGAGGCGGAACAUUUUCUAAAACGUUUAUUUUACUGGAUCUGUAUCGAUUUCUGUUGAUUCUAGAAAUGGAGCUGAAGAGACAUUUCACAACGAUUUCAGCGUUUUACCGCUGCUGGAUCUGCAUCAACUUGGCGCUGGCUGAGGACUGGACUCGCGUCCACAGCGAGGACAAACUCUUCGGGGUCUUGUUCGGGGGCCACAGCAAGUGGAGCGACGUGGUCGUCGUCAAGUUCGGCCUCUCCAUCGCGCAGCUGAUCGACGUGGACGAGAAGAACCAGAUGAUGACGACCAACGUGUGGCUGAAGCAGGAAUGGACUGACCACAAGCUGCGCUGGAGCCCGUCCGACUUCCACAACAUGACGUCCAUCCGAGUCCCCUCGGAGCUCCUCUGGGUGCCGGACAUCGUGCUCUACAACAACGCGGACGGAGAGUUCGCCGUCACCCACAUGACCAAGGCCCACGUCUUCCACACGGGUCGCGUCCGCUGGGUUCCCCCGGCCAUCUACAAGUCCUCCUGCUCCAUCGACGUCACCUUCUUCCCCUUCGACCAGCAGAGCUGCAAGAUGAAGUUCGGCUCCUGGACGUACGACCGCGCCAAGAUCGACCUGGAGCCCUUCCAGAGCGCCGUGGACCUCAAGGACUACUGGGAGAGCGGAGAGUGGGCCAUCGUGAACGCCGUGGGAACCUACAGCACCAAGAAGUACGACUGCUGCCACGAGAUCUACCCCGACGUCACCUACCACUUCGUCAUCCGCCGCCUCCCGCUGUUCUACACCGUCAACCUCAUCAUCCCCUGCCUCCUCAUCUCCUUCCUCACCGUGCUGGUCUUCUACCUGCCGGCGGACUGCGGCGAGAAGAUCACGCUGUGCAUCUCCGUGCUGCUGUCGCUCACCGUCUUCCUGCUGCUCCUCACCGAGAUCACCCCGUCCACCUCGCUGGUCAUCCCGCUCAUCGGCGUGUUCGCGCUGAACGUGCACCACCGCUCGCCAGAGACUCACGCCAUGCCCCGAUGGGUCCGCGGGCCUUUCCUGUCGGCGGUGCCCCGCUGGCUGUGCAUGACGCGGCCGGAUCAGGGCGCCAGGCCGGCGAGGCGACUUCACCUGACUGACAGGCUCCUCCCCCUCCGGACCCCGGGCCCCGCCCACAGCCCGGCCACCUGGGUCACUCAGGAGUCUGACAUGGAUCUCCAUGGUUACGGUUACUUGGACCCCGGGGACGAAGAGCACUGCUGCCGUCUCCACGGUAACCCGGGGAGGUUUGGGCCGUCUCUGGCUCACAUCUUCGCCCCGCUCGGCUCGGACCGGGCCCCCCCCCCUGCGGUGGAACGUGGCGCCCUGUCCCCCGCGGUGCUGUCGGCCCUGGAGGGCGUGACCUACAUCGCGGAGCGGCUGCGGGCCGAGGACGCCGACCUCUCGGUGAAGGAGGACUGGGAGCACAUGGCCGUGGUGGUGGACCGGCUCUUCCUGUGGGUGUUUGUGAUCGCGUGUCUGCUGGGGACCGCCGGACUCUUCCUGCCUCCGUGGCUCUCCGGGAUGUUUUAG